UAAUUCACUUCUCUCUCCAUUCUCGCGUCUCAACCACUCUCCGAACAGCUCUCUCCGUCGCGAAUAAGCCUAGAGCAUCGGCGUCGGGGUGAAGCAGUCCGGCCCCUCCCUCUCCUAUCCUGUAUCUGCAUCAAAUCCACUAGCGCUGGUUUGGCGGAAGCGCGGCAACUUCUCCUUGCGGCAAUUUAAAUUUUCUCUGACGAUUUAACGGGAAUUAAAUUAUUAUAAAUAUGGCAUUUUGGAGUAGACUGAAGCGAACGCAGCUUAUAUAUCUUUCAACCCGAUUCAACGGUCUAAUUGCUGUUGAUAAUCUUACUUCACGUACCGGCAUUCCGAUAAUAAAUAACUCAAAUUCGAUCUUACAUAAUAUCCAAUUGCAUUUUGCCAACAACGUCAGAUUCUAUGCAGCACCCGUUCAGGCUAAAGAGAAGAAGGAAGAGAAAGAUACCAGUGGGCCUAGAUUGAAUAAGCGAGUCGCGGCCCAGCUCAUUAGGCUCGUUACUGAUGAAGGUCACAGUGUGGUGUCAAGGCAUGAAGCAUUGAAACAUGCAAAGAGUCUCAAACUGGAUUUAGUUGAGGUUGAUAGAAACGCCAAGCCACCUGUGUGCAAAAUUGUGGACUACAACAAAGAGAAGUACCAACAGCAAGUAAAGGAAAAAGAGCGUUCUAAAAGCAAGUGUGAACUUAAGAAAGGUGCUUGCAAAGAAGUUCGGUUUGCUGCUAAUGGCUGUUUUCAAGGGAGAGGAUGAUUUCAACAAAGUUUUUGACAUUACGGAUGAUGCAAAUGGAUUUGCCAAGAGUUCAAGACAUGAAAAAGUAACAGUACUCUCUUCAGCAGAUGCAAGCUCUGGAUCAGUAGUUGACUCUGCAAGAGCACGUACGGCUUCAUCCAUGUCAACGGAGGUUCCAAAAACUGGGACUGAAAACAGAUAUGCCAGAGAUCCAAGAAACAGGAAUCGUUCGAUGAGCCCUGGUACGAGAAACACAAUUGACCACGUCUCCCAGUUUUCUAACCAUGGGACGGAAAUAAAAUUUAAUAAGAAUAUGUCCCCUCAAGCACAACAAACUUGGCGAGUAGAAACUCCUGCAAAUAAGGAUCGCAAUCGAGAUUCUUCUCAGCCAGGUGUUCCCAAUUCAACAGCCAAAAGUUACGGUGUUUUUAGUGCUCAACAAGUUGAUAGCAACCUCGGCGAACAGAAUACACCAGCACAAGUCAAUAGAUAUGCGAAUAGAAAUCCUUCUGAUUCUGCAAGAAGUCCUACCAGGAUAGGGGUCUCUCAUAGAAAUUCUCCCAUUUCAGAUGCGAGAACUAGCAGAGGUGCAGGUGUUGAGAGAACUCAAAUGGGAUCCCGAACACGUUGAACUAAAACCAAGCAGAAUCCUAGGCUAGGGAAUCAAGGUAUUCGUGUUUUUCCUUGAUUACCCGGCCUAGACUUCUACUAGGAAUAAGGAGAUAAGACCUUGUACGACUCUCUUCAGUAAGUGACCAAGUGCAGAUCGAAGCCAAAUGACGCCAAAAUGAUUUUGGAAGGUAUUCAAUUUGUGGUAUCUUUAGGUAUUUAUGUAUUUAAAUUCCCCUUUUUAGUGGGUAAUUAAUUUUUGGACCAAUGGAAAUAAAUAAUUUAGUCCACACAUACGCAAUGCUGGAAGUAAAUUGAAGGUGAUUUUGUUUAUUUCUAAUUUUUCCACAUUGCCCAUGUUAACAAUGAGUAUAGUAUUAUGAGAUUUUAUUAAGGUUUCAUGUAU